CACAGAGGGUGGCACAGGGGGUGGCACAGGGGGUGGCACAGGGGGUGGCACAGGGGGUGGCACUGCUGAGCGCUCCCCCCCAGAGCCCGAGGAGCGCAGCCCCCGCCCUGAGCCCCCCCCGAGCUCCCAGUUCAGCAACGUCAAGGGGCUGCUCUGGAAGAGGAUCCUCCGGGACAGGAAGAGUCGCGGUGGCACCAAAAGUGACCAAGGGGUGGUGGCACUGCCCGAGGGUGACAGGGUCCCCAGCCGCAGCGCCUCCCGCGAGUCCCUGGUGCCACCACCGGAGCUGGACCUGAGCGGGGCCGAUGUCACCGUGCGGCCGCUGCACGGCAGCGUCCUGGGAGAGAGGUUCUGCUUCCAGGUGAUCACACCUGAGGGCAGCCGCUCCUUCAGCUGCUCCUCCCUGGCCGAGCGCGACCGCUGGAUCGAGGAGCUGCGGCGGGCAGCGCAGCCCGACAAGGACAACUGCGAGCGCCUGGACCUGUCCCUGACCCUGUGGCUCUACGAGGGACGCCACCUCCCUCCGCGCCGCCGCCUCCGCUGCCACCUCCAGCUGGACGGCGCCCUCUUCGCCCGCACCACGGCCAAGCCGGCCGGCGCCGACGGCCAACUCUUCUGGGGCGAGCUCUUCCACCUGCCCGCGCUGCCGCCGGCGCGCGCCCUCACCGUCACCCUCUGCCGCCACCACCCCCCCGCCGGCUGGCACCCGCUGGCAUCCGUCACCAUCCCGCUGGCCGAGCUGGCGGCGGCGCCGCAGCCGCUGGAGCGUUGGUACCCCCUGAGCGGUGCUGGCGGCGGUGCCAACGCCGAGGCGGCGCCGGCGUUGCGGCUGCGCGGGCGUUACCGCCAGGUGAGGGUGUUGCCCAUCGUGCGCUACAAGGAGUUGGCGGAGUUCAUCACCUUCCACUACCGGGAGCUGUGCGGGCGCCUGGAGCCGGCCAUCGCCGCGCGGCACAAGGAGGAGCUGGCCGGCGCCUUGGUGCGCGUGCUGCAGAGCACCGGCAAGGCCAAGUCCUUCCUGAUCGACCUGGGCGUGGCCGAGCUCGACCGCUUCGACGAGCGCGAGGCGCUGAUCUUCCGCGAGAACACCUUGGCCACCAAGGCCAUCGACGAGUACAUGAAGCUGGUGGGGGCCAAGUACCUGCAGGACACGCUGGGGGAGGUGGUGGCCCAGCUCUGCAGCUCCGAGGAGAGCUCCGAGGUGGACCCCAGCAGGUGCUCGGGGCUGGAGCUCUCCGAGCACCAGCAGCACCUGCGGCAGGUGUGCGAGGAGACCCUGAGGCGCAUCACCGACGGCUCCGAGUCCUUCCCGGCGGAGCUGGGCCAGGUGUUCGCGGCGUGGCGGGACGAGUGCGCGGCGCGCGGCAAGGCGGCCAUCGGCCAGCGCCUGGUGUCGGCCUCGCUCUUCCUGAGGUUCCUCUGCCCGGCCAUCAUGUCCCCAAGCCUCUUCGGCCUCGUCCAGGAGUACCCCGGCGAGGCCACCGCCCGCAGCCUGACCUUGGUGGCCAAGGUCAUCCAGAACUUGGCCAACUUCACCACGUUCGGCGACAAGGAGCCCUACAUGACCUUCAUGAACGACUUCCUGGAGCAGAACUGGGCCACCAUGACCGAGUUCCUGCAGGCCGUGGCCACCGCCGAGGCCAGCGCCCACAUGGCCACCUACGACGGCUUCGUGGACCUGGCCCUGGAGCUGGCCACGCUCCACCUGCUGCUCUGUGACAUCUUCUCG